GUGUGUGUCUACAGGUGUGUGUGUGUGUGUGUGUCUACAGGUGUGUGUGUGUGUGUGUGUCUACAGGUGUGUGUGUUAGUCCCCUGCCAGGCAGGAUGAACUGGUCCGGUCUGGAAAGCCUCCUCAGUGGGGUGAACAAGUAUUCCACCGUCUUCGGACGAAUCUGGCUCUCUAUGGUCUUCAUCUUGCGCGUCAUGGUCUUUGUCGUGGCCGCUCAGCGGGUGUGGGGAGACGACAGCAAGGACUUUGUCUGCAACACGCGCCAGCCCGGCUGCACCAACGUCUGUUACGACAGCAUCUUCCCCAUCUCCCACAUCCGCCUGUGGGCCCUGCAGCUCAUCUUCGUCACCUGCCCCUCGCUCAUGGUGGUGGCCCACGUCAAGUACCGCGAGGAGAGGGAUAAAAAAUACACGGUUCUCCACGAGGGCUCGCACCUCUACGCCAACCCGGGGAAGAAGCGCGGCGGCCUGUGGUGGACCUACCUGGUCAGCCUGCUCUUCAAAGCCAGUUUGGACGCAGCCUUCCUCUACAUACUCUACUACAUCUACGAUGGCUACGACAUGCCACGCCUGUCCAAGUGCUCUCUGGAUCCCUGCCCGAACACGGUUGACUGCUUCAUCUCCAGACCCACCGAAAAGAAGAUCUUCACCCUGUUCAUGGUGGUGUCUUCUGCCCUGUGCAUACUCAUGUGCAUCUUUGAGAUGGUCUACCUGAUCGGGAAACGUAUUCAGAAGAGGAUUGUGUUACGCGAGAAAAAAAAGAGGACACUCUUCGCCGAGAGCCACGAGCUCACGGCCACUGCCCCGUCGAGGACGCAGGCCCUCAGGGUGGACCCCACGCUCACAUACAGCCAACAGAGUCUCUGCAGGAAGAACAAAGAGCAGGGAGCAGCUGCUUGUGCUACUUCCUUGUUGUAGUUCUCCUAUUGUCUGGCUGGGUUCCCAGUCCACAUCAGCAUUCCAGUUACCAUUAUUAGCCACAAUGUCAUUGUCGAUAGGUAGGCUUCAUGAUUUAAGAAAGCUUUUUGCGGUUCAGUUUACUGUAUAGAAUUGUUAGCAUACAUACUGCUGAAAGAUGAGUAAUAGGCUAUGAAUACCAUGAAACCAGUUGAACAACAUGCAAAUCUGGCAUGUGAGAUACAAUGGCUUGGACCUGUUUCAGGACAAGAUCAUGUACAGGAUUCUCAAGUCUCUAAACAGAAAGUCUGACUGUGUUCUCAGCUGCUCUCUGGACGUCUGAUCAUCAUAGACUGUGUUCCACACACACACUGCUUCUAGAUUUCUGAACAUGAACUGUGCCAGAUCCAGGAAUCGCCUGAUAAAAGACCAUCUAAAAAAGGACUGUUGCAUGCACACAUGUAUAAAACUGUAUAACUGUGUCGUGAAAUGUGUUUCCAUUUGUUUACCAAAAUGUCAUGUUGUGUACCUUGAUUUUUCAGCAAUAGGCCAAAUGAACAAUACAGCCAUACAUAAUGACCUUGAGUUCUUACAGUACUCAUUAUCAAUGACACUGAACACUGCUCACUGAAACCAGUACAGCACAUUCUGUCACUCACAGAGAGCAGCAAUACAAACAUUCUACGAUUGAAGUCAGUCACAGAUGGAAAGACAGUUAGGGUUGAAGUGACUCAUCUCUAGAAAAAGGUUCUUUUGCUGAUGUUUUUCUCAUUGAAUAUUCAUUAAUUAAAUACGUUCUGCCCAUAGAUUUUUUAGUAUUUAGUAUAUAUGUAUUUUGUAUUUAUGUUAAAAGUUUUUCUCUC